AUGCCUGCCCCGGGUAGGCCAUCUCUGCCGCCUGCCGCGAAGCCGCGCUUCGGCAACAACUUCGAUACAUACAACUCCAGCGCCACGGGCCAUCAACGCCCGGAAACGGCACCCGGAGCUGGAUUGGGAUGGCGGGCCAGCCGAGCACGCAAGCUUGCGGGUCAGUUCGCCGCUGGCCACUCUGGUGGGGUCCGCAUGAGCGAUACCUACGGUGCCGGAAGCGAAGACUAUGAUGAGAAACUGGGCAUGGUCGUGCCCAAGGAUGUGAGAGCGCGGGCCAAGAUGAGCGUUGCCGAUAUGCUCGCCCGACCAGGGCUGAUGAGGAGUGGUUCAUCUGUCUCUGACACCGGAUCUACCACGUCAACAAUAUCGAACACGGGAGGUAACCCAAAGAGCGAAGAAGAGAUAAUGGCAGCACGCAGGAAAGAAGACGAGAGGAAGAAAGAAAAAGCGGCCGCCGGGAGGGGCUUGUUCGAGGGAAUUGUGGUCUAUGUCAACGGUAGCACGCACCCCAUCAUCUCAGACCACAAACUCAAGCGAGUGCUAGUAGAAAACGGUGCGCGCAUGUCCAUCCAUCUCGGCCGCAGACAGGUUACGCAUGUCAUCAUAGGGAAGCCCGCGGGCGUUGGCGCAGGUGCUGGUGGUGGACUUGCAGGUGGUAAGUUGGAGAGGGAAAUUCGAAAGAUCGGUGGCUGUGGAAUCAAGUACAUCAGCGUCGAGUGGGUUCUAGAGAGCCUGAAGGCAGGAACUCGGUUGCCCGAGGCACGCUUCACAACUCUCAAAGUCGCAAGAGAGGGGCAGAAUAGUGUCUAUGGAAUGUUUGGUGGACAGUCCUCGAGAGUCUGA